AUGCUAUGGAAAUUUGAUGUGUUAAGACUAACUACAGUUGGAAAGAGGCUACGUUCAAAGCUAAAAAAGCAACAUAUCAGUGGCCCACCACCAACUAUUCUGCUUGGAAAUAUUUUGGAGUUAAUGGAAGCUCACUUUGCCGCUUCAAAGCCUCCUUCUCCUUCUUCUUCAAAAGUCCCUUCCUCUUACGACUGUGCUGCUCCUCUCCUUCCACUCUUUGAGAAAUGGAGAAACGAAUAUGGUCAAGUGUUCACAUUUUCUCUUGGAACCAUUCAAAUAAUGUGCGUGAACCAACCAGAUAUGGUGAGAGACUUCACUGUAUGCACAUCCUUGGACUUGGGGAAGUCUGCAUAUCAGCUGAAAAACCUAGAGCCUUUGUUGGGUCAAGGCAUUUUAUCUUCAAAUGGGGCAAAAUGGGUCCAUCAAAGAAAUAUUCUAGCUCCAGAACUAUACAUGGACAAGGUUAAGGGAAUGAUGAAUAUAGUCAGUGAGUCUGCUGUAUCUGUGGUAAACUCGUGGAGUAAAAGAAUAGAAUGA